GGCAUAUAAUAGACAAGAGAAAUAACAGACGCAAGACUCUCUCAAUCUCUCUCCAUUUGUACACUUUCGUCAAGUUUUCUUCUUUUCCUUUUGCUUGCUGUUGUGUUUUGGAAUCCAUUUUUCUAUGUAACACGGAAGCUCAGUCACGGGUUUUACUCAGUCGUAGUUGUUGUGUUUGAAUUUUCUUCUCCUCUUUUUUCUGUGAGACUGAUUUUGGUUAAGGUUUUCUAUCUAUUCUUUUAUUUUUUAAAAAAGAAAAGAAUAAAGCUAUUAAAUUUCAAGGUGAGGGAGGAAAAAAAAAAUUGCAGCUCUGGACUGGAGUUCUGCAAGUGCAAACAUAUAGAGAGUCAGAGUCAGAGUCAGAUUCAGAAAGCGGAACCGCUCACUUUUUAUCAGCUAUUUAUGCGAAAAACGAAAGAUCACCAUCUUCGACGGCCUUUCCUGGAACUAUCCUUGCAUGGGUUUCAGGUCUGUAGAGUCUCUGCUGUUGUUGCUCCGACCGUAAGAUGUUAGGGCAAGAAGGUGAGGAGCGUAAUAUCCCCGUUGCCACCCGCAACCGCAAGACCUAUUUACGGUCCGUUUCAUGGUCCGACCGCUCUCCUUCCGGCCACACCCCAAAACCACUACCCAACACCCACACCAACGGCAGUAAGGUCCGCUCCUCCCUUCCACCGCUCCAGCCCCUUUCCAUCUCUCGCCGUAAUAUAGAAGAGUGGCCCAGGCCCGGCUCCGACGACCUCGGUGAAUGGCCUCAUCCCCCAAGCACUCCCGGCUCUAGGUCCGUCAAGCCCCUCUAUAACUCCGAUUCCGAGCACCCCCCAAGAGAAUUCCAGCUCAAGAAGGACAAGCUCGCCUUUUUCGACAAAGAGUGCUCCAGAAUUGCCGACCACAUAUACCUCGGCAGCGACGCCGUCGCCAAGAACCGAGAAAUCCUCCGCCAGAAUGGUAUCACCCAUGUGCUUAAUUGUGUAGGAUUUGUCUGCCCCGAGUACUUCAAGAGUGAUCUCGUCUACAAGACGCUAUGGCUUCAGGACAGCCCAUCGGAGGACAUCACCAGUAUCCUCUACGAUGUCUUCGAUUACUUCGAAGAUGUUCGGGAGCAGGGUGGGCGGGUCUUCGUCCACUGCUGCCAGGGGGUCUCCCGAUCCACCUCCCUGGUCAUUGCCUACCUCAUGUGGAGGGACGGUCAGAGCUUUGAAGAUGCUUUCCAGUAUGUCAAGGCUGCACGCGGGGUCACUAACCCCAACAUGGGUUUCGCUUGCCAACUGCUGCAGUGCCAGAAGCGGGUACACGCCGUGCCGGUGAGCCCGACUUCUGUGCUUAGGAUGUACAGGAUGGCCCCGCAUUCUCCAUAUGAUCCCCUCCACCUUGUUCCCAAGAUGUUGAGUUAUCCAGGCCCUCUAGGUCUUGACUCUCGUGGGGCAUUUGUUGUUCAUGUUCCUUCCGCCAUAUAUGUCUGGACAGGGAAGAAUUGCACCCAGGUCAUGUCCAACUGUGCCAGAGUGGCUGCCUGUCAGGUCGUCCGUUAUGAGAGAGCGCAAGGUCCAAUUCUGAGAAUUGAUGAGGGCGAGGAGCCUGCUGACUUUUGGGAUGCUCUAGCUAGUGCUCCGCUUCUUAGUGACGAUCUUGACAAAGUGGCCGGCAAACUCGAAUGUUCUGUCGGUAAGGAUCAGGUUGCAGCGGCAAUUCGUCUUGGGGUUGGUGGGAAGAAGGUGGAUGAAUAUGAUUUGGACUAUGAGAUUUUCCAGAAGGCGCUUUCGGGUGGUGUGGUUCCACCUUUCUCAUUAUCGGCAACCGGUUCGGAGACCCAUCUUCCUGCCAGAGAAAAUGGUUGGGACCGGCUAAGACGCAAAUUAGCUAGCGGUCUGAUGAAAGAACUUGUCAUAUCAUCCAAGUUAACAUCUAAUAAUAGUUCUCAAUCGGGUGAUACACCGGAUAAGAUUAUCGGUACUACGUUGCAAGAAAUGAGGAACUCCCCUGUUUCUCCCGCAGUAUCUUCGCCGCCACCAUCCCCUUCCUGUGGUUCGCCCGGUUCAUUUUAUUGUCAUUCGAAUGCCAGUUCAAAGCCCAAUUCCAGGUCUCCUUCGCCUGCACCUUCACCAUCAGAUUCUUCAAGUUCGUUUACCUUUUCACCCGCUUCCUCUAAUUGGUCGGAUUUUUCCUUCUUAUCUUCUUCUCAGCCAUCACCUUCAGCGAUGGAAAUUCAAGAGACAUUUGCCCAUAACAGUCCUCAAGCAGAAAAGGCCUUUUUUCCAUUCAAAGAGACCUAUCCCUCUCUUGGAGGGGCAUUUGAUGCUGAGCAUGCUUUGAGAGUGGAAAAGGCUUGUUUCCCACAUAAGGGGGCUUGUCCCUCUCUUGCAGAGCGCCGAGGAAGUAACCCUCCAGCUUUAGUGUUAACAUCAUCAACCGAUAACCCAACUCGACUUUCCAAGUACUUGGUAAGGUCAAGGUCCUUUUCCCUCCCUGACUUGGAAGAAGAUGUAACGAGGGAUAGUGGAUGCAACCAGUUGAAAUCUGAAGCUUUUUAUGAAAUAAACAGAGGAGAGCAAACAUCCAACUUUGAGCAGUCCGUUUCUCACAACAAAGUACAGUAUAGGGUAGAAGAUGAGAAGGAAUUUGAUAAUGUUCUUCUGGCAUCGUGUGCUGCAACUGGUGGCAAGGUUUCAGAACUAAAACAACCAGCUCUUUUCCACUGGCCUACCAUGGAAAAGGUGGAAAUGCAAAGCCCUGGAGUUCUUGAUUCUAAGUCAGUGUUCCUUCUGUUAGCUCCAGAUGUGAAUUUGGAAAGAAGUAAGCCUAAAAUUUUAUAUAUUUGGGUAGGGCAUAAUGCUUCAUUUGACAAGGAGCAGAUUCCUCUAAUUAGCAGUUAUGAUGCAAACGAGGAUAGUCAUAUCCACUGGGAAAAAGUUGGCAGAUACUUCCUUAAUCAAAUGGAUCUUCUACUGGAUCUCCCCAUUCAGGUAGUCAGAGAAGGAGAAGAGCCUCAGCAACUCCUAGACUGUCUGAAGCCUCAACCAUUUCUAACAUAAAACAGGUAUAAGGGGAAUACAGAUGCCACAUCUGAGAAGGUAAAUGAAGCUGAUUACCUCUGAGCAUCUGGGUUCUUAAGAUUCCUAGCCUGAUAGAUCAUUAGCAAGAGUAUAGGUUGCAGAUUUUGUCAGGAAAGUUGGCAUCCCAAGCAGGGUAAGUAAGUUUAUCCGCAUGUGUGAUGUAUGGUAGAGAUCUUAAUUACCCUACAACAAAACACAUGUAUAGAAAGCAAGUCCGCUCUAAAUUAUAGGAAUUAGAAAUGAUUUAUGGAACUGGGAAUAAUAGAAGUUUAUUUUCCUAUUUUUUGCCCCCAAAGCAUCUCUGCAAUGGGUUUUCUGGUCUAAGAUGUAGAAUCAACGGCAAAAGUGUUGCUGUUUGAGGGGGAAAUGGACCAUCUAUUCUCAAGGGUUCUCUUGGGAUUUUUUUCCCUCAUCUUUUUUUCAGUCAUAGUGUUUUGGCCGCACUUGUUUUUUUCCCCUUGGAUCAAGAUGGAUGACAGAAAUUCAUUAAGUAA